UUUAAACAGGAAAGAUUGAGGAGAAGGAAAUAACAAAUGAAAUAACUAGAAAUUCAUUCAAAAUACUUAGCACUAAUUGACAAGCAAUUGUAAUGCUGUGAAGCGAGAUGAAAGCAGUUUUUGGCUUAAUUACCCCGUAAAAGUAGUUUUAGUCUAGCAUUGGCUGUUCUGUUGAGAUGUAAGCUAGGUGUAUACAGUUGAUUCCUGAACCUCGUGGCUUUGAACUGUGCACAUCACUUCUAAGUGGAUUGUUUUUUCCCAGUAAAUACACACUGACACUCCAUAUCUGCAGGUUCACAUUCGUGGAUUCAGCCAAUCGCAGAUGACAAGCAAUUCAGUAUCCACCGUUAGCUGAAUCUGCGAAUGAAUGAAGAAUCCAGGGGGCCAACGUUGGGGCUUGAGCAUCUGGAAAUUUUGUAACCACUAUGGGUCCUAUAAUCAAUCUCCCUGUGGAUACCGAGGAGCCGACUGUAUUCUUGUUGCCAUGUUUCUGCUGUGAUACUCCUUUUCAAGCUUAGAUUGCCCUGUUGAAACCCUAUGCAUGCACAUCUCAACUGUCAGUGUAGAUCCGCUGAUUCCCCAAGUGAGCUAUUCUGUGUUACCACGGACUUUUUAGUUUGUGUGUCUGCCUUCCUGUUAAUCGAUAUGAGAGAUUAACUUAUUCUUUGGGGCUUGAAAAGAAAACAUAGCGCAUAUAGAUGGAGACUGGGAGGGAGGAGGCAUUGCAAUCCAAGGAAAGAGGCAAUGUUCCUUCAGGGAAGACCGGAAGUUAGAGCGGUCAUAACUCGGGAUCCGAGCAAAGAAGCCGUAGCCUGGGCUCCGAAUUUAGAAAAUUUUGAAUACUGUGUUGAGGAAUUUGGAUAGAAUUUUCUACUGGAACAUAGGUACUUAAUUAUGGGUGAAAAUCUUGUCCAUUUCAUUCACUUCAUAAAUAAAUAAAUAUUCAUUGUACUGAGAAGUUAACUGAACAAGAGAAAGCCGCCACACAAAUUUUAGCCAAGGGGCUGGAAAGAACCACACGGAUGGGAGGAAGAAAUAGACACAGCCUGUUACAAGGUGUAUUUACCCAAAAAAACCAUAGCAGAUACUUUCCAAAGAUAUCAAAAUCUAUUCGCUUUUCCCUUUCUUGGAAUCUUUUUGAAUAUAUCUGGCUAAUUUUGUUUUUAAUUAACACCCCCCUCCCGGCUUUAGUAAACAUUAAUGUGUAAUUCAUCUGUAUGUUUGCGGGCGUAGUUUUAAAUUCAGAAAGUAAAAUAAAUGUGUUCUUUUAGAUUUCAUCCACACGAAGCGAAAGGUUUGUGGGGGACGACACCGAGGGAAGGGCUGAGGUGGUCGAGUAACUCAGAUAACAUGCGGGCCGUGGGGCCAUGGGGCCAUGGGGCCAAUGGCCAUGGGGCUGGAGGGUAGGGCUGUCUGUGGGGAAAGGACCAUGAAAAGCACCUACUUCCAGGCAGCGCGCGUCGGUGGUGAUUGGUGGGCUGGGAGCCGAGGACCUAGCGCUCCCAUCCCUCGGUCUCGCGAGAACACCGCGCACCAACUGCCAAAAGAGGACCGACUCCCGCUCAGUCUCAACUCCUAGCUAGGAAGCCGUGCCAUGUUCCGCCUAAUGAUGUUGCUGGCAGGGCUUCGUGGUUUCUUAACAUCAAGACCGGGUUUUCACAAUCCAUUUCUACAAAUCAUAUUUCCAGAGAAAAUCCAAGCAAUUACAAAUGAUAAUUCUGAAGUAGAAAAUGAUCUAAUUCAGGAUACUACAUCACAGGAACAGGUAUCCUAUAUUAUUCCAAUAGAUGAGAAACCAUAUACUGUGCAUCUUAAGCAAAGAUUUUUUUUAGCAAAUGAUUUCAUGGUUUAUUUGUAUAAUCAAGGAUCUGUCAAUUCUCAUUCUUCAAAUAUUCAGACUCAGUGCUACUACCAAGGAUAUAUUGAAGGAUAUCUGAAUUCUCUUGUCACACUUACCACAUGCUCUGGACUGAGAGGAAUAUUACAAUUUGAAAAUGUAUCUUAUGGAAUUGAGCCUCUGGAAACUGCAGUUGAAUUUCAGCAUCUUCUUUAUAAAUUAGGGCAUGAAAACAAUGAAUUUGCAGGUCUUACCAAAGAUAACCGAGACACAGAAGAAACCCCAGUGGACUCUAGCAUUUUCAUAAGUGAAAAACCGGAAUCAUCUGUUGCAGAUUUAAUUCCUCUCUAUCUAGAAAUGUAUAUUGUGGUGGAUAAAGGUUUGUAUGAUUACCUGGGCUCUGAUAGCAUGAUAAUAACAAAUAAAAUCAUCGAAAUUAUUGGCCUCAUAAAUUCGAUGUUUGCCCAAUUUAAAAUUACUAUUGUGCUGUCAUCUUUGGAGUUGUGGUCAGAUAAAAAUAAGAUCUCUACAGUUGGUGAGGCCGAUGAAUUAUUGAAUAGAUUUUUAGAAUGGAAAAAGUCCUAUCUUACCUUAAGGCCUCAUGAUAUUGCAUAUCUAUUCAUCUAUCGAGAUUAUCCAGAGUAUAUGGGAGCAGCAUUUCCUGGAAAGAUGUGUGUUACCAGUUAUUCUGCAGGAAUUGCUUUGUAUCCCAGGGAGAUAACUUUGGAGGCAUUUUCAAUUAUUGUCACCCAGAUGCUGGGACUCAGUUUGGGAAUAUCAUAUGAUGACCCAAAGAAAUGCCAAUGUUCAGGAGCCAUCUGCAUAAUGAAUCCAAAAGCUCUGCAAUCCAGUGGUGUGAAGACUUUUAGCAGUUGCAGUUUGAGUGACUUUGAAAAUUUCAUUUCAAAUGUGGGUGCCCAGUGUCUUCAGAAUAAGCCGCAAAUGCAAAUGCCUCCAGCAUCAAUCUGUGGCAAUGGCAGAGUGGAGAUAAAUGAAAUCUGUGACUGUGGUACUGAGGAACAAUGUGGACCUGAUAGCUGUUGUAACCCUCGAACCUGUAUGCUGAAACCAAAUGCACAAUGUGAUAGAGGAUCAUGCUGCAACAACUGUCGAUUUCUGCAAGCAGGUACUACCUGCAGGCCCACUGCACAUCCUGAAUGUGAUAUUUCUGAGACUUGUAAUGGAAGCUCAGGAAGCUGUCCACCUGAUGUAACUAUACAUGAUGGACACUCAUGUAAAAACAAUAAAGCCUUUUGUUUUGAAGGAGACUGCCGUGAUCUUGAUGCACAUUGUGAGAGAAUAUUUGGAAAAGGCUCAAAGAAUGCUCCAUUUGCCUGCUAUGAAGAAAUACAGUCUCAAAAUGAUAGGUUUGGGAACUGUGGUAAAGAAAGAGGCAGAUUUAAAUAUUGUGCAUGGAGGGAUCUUAUUUGUGGAAGAUUAAUUUGCACCUACCCUUCUCAAACUCCUUUCCUUCAAGAAAAUGCUUCUGUGAUUUAUGCUUUUGUACGAAAUGUUGUAUGUAUAACUAUUCACUACACACUUGCGAAAGGUUUAGAAGAUCCAAUGAUAGUCAAGAAUGGCUCUGUUUGUGAUGAUGAGAGGAUUUGUGUAAACCGUGAAUGUGUAGAAUCAAGGACAUAUACAGCAAGAUCACAUACUUGUUCAUUGAAGUGCAGUGGACAUGGCGUGUGUACUUCCCAGUUGACGUGCCAUUGUUCUCCUGGCUACCAUCCUCCGAAUUGCCAAGCAAGAUCCAGAGAAUCUUCCAGAUUGCCUAGGAGACAAGGUUUAAUCAUGGAAAGAGUUUUUGCGAAGGCUAGGAACAAGUUGCUUCUGUGUGUCUACAUUGGUUUACCUGUUCUCGCCAUAGCAGUCAUAAUAGCUGUUUCAUGGAAGCCUUUGAAAAAGCGGUUCACCAAGAAAGAGGAAUCUCAAAGUAACGAGUCCAAAUCAGAAAAUAACAGCCAAACAGAUACUGUCAGAUCCAAGUCAGAAAGUAGUGCCCAAACAAAUACCAGCAGUAACCAAUAAUUCCUUCAGAAGGCGAUGGAUAUUACCUGGUGUCUCACUGAGACAUAAAAAUUCAGCCUGUCCUUCCCUGGUCACAGCUGAAGAAAACAAUAAACCGAGUGUGAACCAAUUUGCAUAGCGUCUAUUGUUCUUUCCUCCUCCACCCCUGAGACAGCAGUUCAGCCAUUUCAGGACCGGUAACUGAGGAUGGUCAAUCUCAUCUCCCCCGACUCCCUGAGCUCUUCUCUUCAGCUCUCCCCACCGCCCACUCGGGCUGACUGUCUGGGGCCCCUGGUGCUGGGCAUCUGCCUCAUCCUACCCAGGAAAUGAUCUGGGUGGCCGACU